CUCCGUACUCGAGUACAGUGCCUAUCAUAUCGUACCAAGGAGUUGAGCGACCGGGAUCCCUUCCUGCGGUCUUGAAACCUUUGCUGAGAACUCAUCAAAAUCUACGCAGCCUCAUCUCCCUCUGCACUUGCCCCUACCCUAGCUGUUAAACCGCGACCACCACCACAGAGCUCGCCCAUCAUGUCCGGCAUUCAUCCCUCCCGUAGGGCCUACGUCGAGGAGGAUGACUCCGACAUGGUUGAUCUGGCAAACGUCCCAAUCGAUCGCGACUACAAUCUCCCACAGAACCUUAAAUCAGGAAUUGCGCCAGAAAAGGCAUCUGCUAUUCUCUCCCAGAUGGAUAGGAAGAAGAAAGCUGCUGCUAUUGUAGUACCUACAGAUGAUGGCCGAGUACGUGGUCGUCUACGGGAACUCGGGGAGCCGAUGACGUUGUUCGGUGAGGGGCCGGGGGAUCGAAGGGAUCGAUUACGGGAGCUUCUAUACCAGCUACAGGAGGGGAAUGCUGGAGAGGGUUCUCAGGCUGGUGACAUGGAUAUGCGGGAUGCGACGGAGACCCCGGAACCAGACGAGGAUGAGGAGGAGGAGUUCUAUACUCCGGGUGUACCUGGAUUGCUUGAGGCAAGGCAAUGGAUGGCCAAUUACUCAUUACCGAGGGCCCACGCCCGCAUCGCAAAGCAAAAAGCGGAAGCGAGCAUUGCAUUACAAAGGCAUAUCAAACACCGCCGGGCUAUAAAAGAGAGGUUAUCGGGAUAUCAAGUUCUUGGGUCACAGAUUGCGGGAGAAAGAACGGUCUCCAUUGCCAGGUUCUCACCUGACAGUGAGAUCAUUGCGGCUGGAAGUUGGAGCGGAAGCAUUAGACUUCUCACUAUCCCAAACUUGGAGGAUAAAUCUCUCUUGCGCGGCCAUACUGAAAGAGUCGGUGGAAUCACAUGGCAUCCCCAGGCCACAGUAUCGCUUUCACCGGAUUCCGCAAAUCUCGCGUCUGGCGGCGGAGAAGGAACUGUCCACCUCUGGUCCUUGACCCAGGAUACACCAAUUGCGACGCUCACUGGCCAUUCAGCACGAGUUGCACGAGUCGAACAUCAUCCAAGUGGAAACUAUCUUGCAUCCGCGUCAUACGACACUACAUGGCGAUUAUGGGAUCUGCCCACACAAAAAGAGUUACUUCUUCAAGAAGGCCAUAGCAGAGAGGUCUACACAGUAGCCUUCCAAAUCGACGGCGCAUUAAUUGCAAGUGGUGGACUAGACUCAAUUGGCCGAGUAUGGGACCUUAGAACCGGACGAACAAUUAUGGUUCUCGACGGGCACAUCCGAGAGGUAACAGGUCUAGCCUGGAGCCCAGACGGAUACAGGGUCGUAUCAUCCUCUGGGGACGCCACCGUCAAAGUCUGGGACGUAAGAAUGGUACGCUGCACCGCCACCAUCGGCGCACACAAGGGCCUCGUCAGCGACGUACGCUUCUUCAGCGGGAAACAAGACUCCUCAGUAGCAAUGGACGGGACCGAUGAAGGGCAAGCCGCGGCGGCGGCAGCAGAAGCCAUGCGGACCGAAGGCACGUAUCUAGCUACGAGUGGCUUCGAUGGAAACGUCAACAUCUUUUCUAGCGACGAUUGGGCUCUUGUCAAGAAUCUCAGUGCCCAUUCUGGAAACGUCACCAGCGUGGACAUUAGUCGGGACGAUAGGUUCAUCGUUAGCAGCGGGCAGGAUAGGACUGUUAAAUUGUGGGCUAGGGAGGAUAUCGAGCUGUGA